UUAACGAAUAUUACAUUUUUCUCUGUGAAUUACAAAUUCGGCCUCACUCCCUCGCUCACUGCCGCCCAGCCGGACCAUCUUUGGAAAAAAAAAAAAGGAACAGUUUGAUUUAUUUUCCAUUUUGUUUUCUUUCAAAGUCGUGAGCUUUUGAGACUGGGAAUUGUGAACUGCGUGUGGAAAGAAAAAGAAGGAAGUUUUUGUUUUGAGAAGAAGAACCACGACAUGUCGUCUAGACCGGAGCUACAAGCACCACCUGAGAUAUUCUACGACGAUGCGGAAGCUCGGAAGUAUACCUCCUCUUCCCGUAUCAUCCAAAUUCAAGGAAAGCUCACCAAGAGAGCUCUUGAGCUUCUCGCUCUGCCUGAUGAUGGAGUCCCCAAGUUGCUACUUGAUAUUGGUUGUGGAUCAGGGCUUAGUGGGGAGAAGCUGUCCAAAAAAGGACACCAAUGGAUUGGUUUAGAUAUUUCACAGUCAAUGCUUGAUGUUGCAUUGGAGAGGGAGGUGGAGGGUGACCUUUUACUUGGUGAUAUGGGUCAGGGUUUAGGACUUCGCGAUGGAGUUAUUGAUGGGGCCAUAAGUAUAUCGGCCGUUCAGUGGUUGUGCAAUGCUGACAAGUCCUCUCACGAACCCCGACUAAGAUUGAAGGCUUUCUUCGGGUCAUUGUACCGAUGCUUAUCAAGGGGAGCAAGAGCAGUAUUUCAAGUGUAUCCCGAAAAUAUAGACCAACGGGUGUUGAUUCUAAAUUAUGCAAUGCGGUCUGGAUUUUCUGGUGGUGUGGUUGUUGAUUUCCCCCACAGUUCCAAAAAAAGAAAAGAAUACCUUGUCCUUACUUGUGGUCCACCAUCCAUCAAUACAUCUGUUCCAGAAGGGAAAGGUGAAGAUGAGGAGAGUUGCUCUGAUGAUGAGACUAGUGGAGAUGAAGAAAGGCAGACAGUUAGCAUCUCAGACAGGCAUAGACCCAGGAAAAAGCAAAAAACAAACAGAGGCAAGGGAAGAGAGUGGAUAUUGAAGAAGAAGGAGCAGAUGAGAAGAAAAGGAAAUGUUGUGCCUCCUGAUACCAAAUACACUGCUAGAAAACGCAAGGCUCGAUUUUGAGAUCUUGUACUCCUCCCCUUUGAAUAUGUAAUUUGUUUCUGGGAGCUAUAUAUCUCUAUUGCUUGCUUACCGAUCCAUCGAGGUGUAAAGGCAUUUGCCAAUUUUUGAUAGCGCUUUUUCAAAGACUCAAGCCCUGAGCAUGUGAUUUUUUUAUUUUUAAUUACUAUACAUAUACUUUUUUCA